CUCCCAUUUAUUUACCCCCUUGUCCUUUCUCUUUCCUUUUCUAUUCACUAAAAAUGCUCUUUGCCUUCAUCCCCCAUCAUCCCUUCCCUUUAGCUACUGAAAAUUUUCUGUCCCUUCCUUCUCCAAUUAGGGUUUCCUCUUUUAGGACUCAAACUUCAGUGAACUGUUACCAUUCAAUAGAAACAGUUCCAUUGAUCUCGGAAGAAUCAAAUAACAGAUCUUGAAAGAGCUCAUACAAGGGAAAAAAAAAAAGUACUACUCGUUUCUUUUCUGGUCAAGAAACCCAGAUCACAGACAGUAAAGAUGGCUUCAUCAAGCUCUUCCAGCUCACCCUGUGCGGCUUGCAAGUUCUUAAGGAGGAAGUGCAUGUCUGGUUGCAUCUUUGCACCUUAUUUCCCACCAGAAGAGCCACAGAAAUUUGCUACUGUUCACAAGAUCUUUGGUGCUAGUAAUGUUACAAAGAUACUCAAUGAACUCCCCCAACAUCAAAGAGAAGAUGCAGUGAACUCCCUUGCCUACGAAGCCGAAGCAAGAAUUAAAGAUCCAGUCUAUGGAUGUGUAGGGGCUAUCUCUUUCCUACAAAGACAGGUUCAAAGGCUUCAAAAGGAAUUAGAUGCUGCCAAUGCUGAUCUGAUUCGAUAUGCCAGUAACCAAAUUCCGGCGGCAUUGCCUGCACAGCUUCAAAUACCCAUACCUCGCCGGAGGUCUUUGGACUUUGGUAGAAGGAUGGGAGAAGGUGGAGGAGGUUCUUUUUACCUGGCUUCUGAUUUGCCUUUUCAAUACCCUCCUCCUCCUCCCCCUUGGCCUGAUAAUCCUUCAGGAAAUAUUCAUGGUGGUGGUGGUGGUGGCAAAAUGUGAA